UUCUAUGGCGCGAAGCCGAAUGCGUUUUCUGUUGCACCUUCUACCCUGAACCAGCUUUGAACUAUAGAACUCUCUUUCUACUGCCUUUGUACUUAUGAUUUCUAUGCUUUGAACUAGGACUGAACAGCAUGGAAACGUCAGUGCAUGAUUUUAUCUGACCAUAUUUUUUGCAAUCUUGCAAUGGAGGAGGCAAUCAAGUUUUUCGCAGAAGGAAAAGGGAAGGCAACAAGUCAAGUGGGUCGCACGUCAUGCAAAACGCUUCAGAGUGAAUCUGUACACCACGGGCUCUUAGGACAGCACCUCACUGAGCUGAGCACCGUCAUCGCUCGGAAUGCAUAUGGUGUUCCGACUUCAAAGCGUCUCUUGAAAUGCAUGAUUCCACGCUACGACGUUCCUGGAGAGGCGGUAAUGAGGCUUCUCCCUGCACUAGCGAAACGGGACAUUCCCAACGGACUUAAGGCAUGCACAGUGGAAAUUGUGAAGUGGAUAACUGCUGCAUUUCAGCUACUAGCAGACGACGCAAACCUAGUGGUGAUAUUCAGGGUAGUUCUGCUACAGUUGGACAUCGUGGACAUUCAGGAACACGCAUCAAAUCUUCUUGUUCUACUGGCGUCAAAGUCGACUGUGACAAACUUCGCGGUUCAUUUGUUGAACCGAAUUAAGAAGAAGUAUCCUUCUUCCCACCACAUCAACAACUUGGGUAGCAUUUUUGAGAGCUGUCAAGCCGGAUCUGAUCUCAUGGUGGAUAAAAAACAAAAGAUCCUCAAGCUGCAAUACGUGCGACAUCUGAAACAAUCGCAAGCUCGAUUCAAGGGUGACAUUGAGCGGCCUGUCACACUUUAUGACAAUGGUAAUGCAUCACGGGCAGAAAGGGUUGAACACGCCGUAGGGCAGUACGUAGAGACAUGGCCUCUUGACAUCUCAAGUCUGUUGAACAAUCUAGGAAUUGACAGAGCCACUACAAAUCUACGAGUGCAGAUGUCUGAUUGGGUGUUUCACAGCCUGCGUGAUGCAUUCUUCUAUCCGGAAGGCCAACAAGGACAUUCUACCAUGGAAACUCUUGUCACUAUUGCAUCUAUUCUUGGGGAAAACGUACCUGGCGUUGAGAAAUUUCUGUUCAAGUACCUUCCAUAUUGGGACGGUGACCUCCACUCUUCAGCUGUCUUCGCAUUGGUGUCGAGACUCUCCUUGUCAUCCACGGCGAAGGCCUUUUUAUUUGUCCUGGGUCCCAUACAUGUAAUAUUCAUGCUUGGCUCACUUGAGAAACAGCGGGAGGUUUUGGAAUGCCUCACCCGGUUGUGCAAGCACUGGAUUGCACAAGCAGUUGCAGAGUCUGAAGGUCGCAGUGCUCGUAUUUUUGACAGUGACGCAUGUGAUGACGACGAAGUUGAUUCUGCAACUGCGAUCACGUCUCUGCUCGAGUACAUUGAUUCAUGUGUGACAGUCAUACCUACCUUCCAUGGUAUCCCACCUCCUGACAUCCUCCUAGUAAUUCUGAACUUCUACAACAUGCUGCUGGAUGCUUAUGAGGAAACGACAUACUUCGUCUGCGACAUACCACAGUGGUCUGUUGUUGUAGCUUGUUUCUACUCCUCAAGCUUACUUUGCCUGGACCAGUUCUGCAAGCUCUUGCUCAGGUGCCGGCAGGCUGUGCAGGAAAUCAAGCAGUACGCGAACUUUGAUUUUGUACAAGACUUCAACCGCUGCUUUGCAUGGGUGACAAGUUCCUUUGGCAAACAUGAUUGGGAAGAGACCAACAAUGUUCCAAACUUCACCCACCCAGUAAGCCCAGAGUCUCUGGCUGGGGUUGGGCCCCGGCAUGAAGCCUUUUCCCUUUGGCGCCAUCCUGCAUUUCACUUGCCUCUUGCGAAUUUUUGUGCAGAACAAGGGAUAACACCAGAUGCAUUGAAGAGGGAUCCGGAUUUGCUGCUCCAGUACGUGGAGUACCUUUCAGGUUAUUGCCCUUCAGUGGUGCAACUUAUACGACAGUCCGCCUUGCAUGUAUGCAGAUAAGAUAAGAGAAUGUUGAUAUUGUUUGAUACUGAGAUUGUUUAUAGUACCCGUAGAAAGUGCAAAAUAAAUAAUUUGAUUCUUC